GUCCUUUAUCUCUUUCCAGGCUCUGGAAUGUGCGCUCAGUCUUCAGAUUUCCUGUUGAACUGUAUAGAUUUCCUGAAAUCUGUCCUUCGCACCCCAGGGCUUUGCAGGCCGGCUUUCCCUCCUCGCUCACAUGGUCGGAUUUUUCUUUCCUGUUCUCCUCCAGCAGAGCAGUCAGGAGAGGACAGUGAAUGGAUGCCAUCCAUACUUCCCUGUGCUAGGAAUUCCCUGGGAUCUAUACCGCCCUAUACGCGAUUAUAUCCGGAUUACGCCUACACCGGCCGCCUUUGCUCUGCGCAAUUUUUUUUCCGCACUUUUCUAUCAUGGAAUAAUGGAGAUAAAUCUGGGACAGAAACUUGGAAUGGAAAUUCGAGCUGACCGUAUACUGGUAAUCUUCCGGCGGUGACAGCUGAGACAUGCGAUCCUCAGCCUCCAGGCUCUCCAGUUUUUCAUCCAGGGACUCAUUAUGGACUCGGAUGCCGGAUCAGAUCUCGGUGUCAGAGUUUAUUUCCGAGACCACAGAGGAUUACAAUUCCCCGACCACGUCCAGCUUUACCACCAGACUGCAGAGCUGCAGGAACUCCAUCACUGUGCUGGAAGAGGCCUUAGAUCAAGAUAGGAAUGCACUGCAGAAGGUGAAAAAAUCCGUAAAAGCCAUCUAUAAUUCAGGACAAGAUCAUGUCCAGAACGAGGAGACCUACGCACAGGCUUUAGAUAAAUUCGGCAGCAAUUUUUUAAGCCGCGAUAACGCAGAUCUGGGCACCGCCUUCGUGAAGUUUUCCACUCUCACCAAGGAGCUGUCAACGCUCCUCAAGAACCUGCUCCAGGGAUUAAGCCACAAUGUCAUCUUUACACUGGAUUCACUUCUUAAAGGUGACCUGAAAGGAGUGAAGGGGGACCUGAAAAAGCCAUUUGACAAAGCCUGGAAAGAUUAUGAAACCAAAUUCACAAAAAUUGAGAAGGAGAAAAGGGAGCACGCAAAACAACAUGGGAUGAUCCGGACGGAGAUAACGGGGGCAGAGAUCGCCGAAGAGAUGGAGAAAGAGAGGAGACUGUUCCAAUUACAGAUGUGCGAGUAUCUUAUUAAAGUUAACGAAAUCAAGACAAAGAAGGGCGUGGACCUCCUGCAGAAUCUGAUCAAGUAUUACCAUGCGCAGUGCAAUUUCUUCCAGGACGGCCUGAAAACCGCAGAUAAACUGAAGCAGUACAUAGAGAAGCUGGCUGCCGAUCUGUACAAUAUAAAACAGACGCAGGAUGAGGAGAAGAAGCAGCUCACUGCCCUACGGGAUCUCAUCAAGUCUUCUCUGCAGUUGGAUCAGAAAGAGGAUUCCCAGAGUAAACAGGGAGGGUACAGUAUGCACCAGCUCCAAGGAAACAAGGAGUACGGCAGUGAGAAGAAAGGCUACCUGCUAAAGAAGAGCGAUGGCCUGAGGAAAGUUUGGCAAAGAAGAAAGUGUAUGGUGAAAAAUGGAAUCCUUACAAUUUCCCAUGCCACAUCCAAUAGGCCUCCUGCAAAAUUGAACCUGCUCACCUGCCAAGUGAAACCCAAUGCUGAUGAGAAGAAAUGCUUCGACCUGAUAUCACAUAACAGGACAUACCACUUUCAAGCUGAAGAUGAACAGGAUUAUAUAGCAUGGAUAUCAGUUUUAACAAACAGCAAAGAGGAAGCACUUAAUAUGGCCUUCCAUGAUGGUCAGAGCACUGGAGAGAGCAGCCUGGAGGAUCUGUCUAAGGCUAUAAUCGAGGAUGUGCAGAAGACCCCAGGGAACGAUGCUUGCUGUGACUGUGGGUCAGCAGAUCCUACCUGGCUGUCUACCAACCUGGGAAUAUUAACCUGUAUAGAAUGUUCUGGAAUUCAUAGGGAAAUGGGGGUUCACAUCUCUAGGAUCCAGUCUUUGGAACUAGACAAGUUAGGCACUUCUGAACUCUUGCUGGCCAAGAAUGUAGGAAAUAAUAGCUUCAAUGAAAUUAUGGAAGGGAAUCUACCUUCUCCGUCACCAAAACCUACUCCUUCCAGCGAUAUGACUGCACGUAAAGAAUACAUCACAGCGAAAUAUGUGGAGCACAAGUUUUGCCGGAGGAUGUGCUCCUCGGGGGCGGAGAAGCAGAGCGAGCUGCUGGAGGCUGUGAAAUCGAGGGACUUACUUGCACUAAUCCAAGUCUAUGCAGAAGGAGUGGAGAUCCUGGAACCACUGUUAGAAUCAGGGCAGGAGCCUGGUGAAACAGUUCUUCACUUUGCAGUGCGCACUGCCGACCACACUUCCCUUCCCUUAGUAGACUUCUUAGUACAAAACUGUGGAAACUUAGAUAAGCCGACAGGAAAAGGCAACACGGCGCUACACUACUGUUGUAUCUACAAUAAGCCUGAAUGUUUGAAACUGCUUCUGAGGGGAAAACCAACUAUAGACCUGGUAAACCAGCUGGGUGAGACAGCGUUUGACAUGGCGAAGAGACUGAGGGCAGUGCAGUGCGAGGAGCUGUUUUCACAAGCAAUGGCUGGCAAACUAAAUCCCCAUAUCCACGUGGAGUACGACUGGAACCUACGGCAGGAAGAGAUUGACGAGAGUGACGACGACUUAGACGAUAAGCCAAGUCCAAUAAAGAAGGAGCGCUCCCCCAGACCCCAGAGCUUCUGCCAUUCUUCCAGUAUCUCCCCCCAAGACAAGCUGUCACUGCCAGGAUUCAGCACUCCACGGGAUAAGCAGAGACUGUCAUACGGUGCGUUCACUAACCAGAUCUUCAUGUCCACCAGCACGGACUCCCCAACGUCACCCAUCACGGACGCCCCUCCUCUACCACCCAGGAAUGCAGGCAAAGCGUCAUCCGGUCCUACAUCCGCCUUCCCCUUAAACACCCAAUCCCCUAGCGGCAGCUCCACUUUAUCCAAGAAGAAAGCUCCUCCCCCACCCCCCGGACACAAACGAACGCUCUCCGAUCCGCCAAGCCCGCUACCUCAUAGUAAGGGCUCAGUACCCUGGGGUAAUGACACAGGACAUAGCCCAGGAGAAAAAUCUCUGAAUAAGUUUGAGAGACUGACUCACUCCGCCAGCACCGGAACCACAAAAACAACAUUAGGGCCCAGAGUUUUGCCAAAACUACCUCAAAAAGUGGCUCUUAGGAAAAUAGACACCACUCAUCAUCUCUCUAUGGAUAAAUACAACCCACAGCCGGACAUCUUCCAGAAGUCCCCCCAGCCCGGAGACUUGACUCAGAAGCCACAACUUGCCGAUCUUCCUCCAAAACCGCAGCCUUCUGAAUUCACGCAGAAGCCGCACGUCGGAGAUCUACCGCCAAAGCCUGGAGAACUGCCUCCUAAACCUCAAUUAGGAGACCUACCACCCAAGCCACAGCUAGGAGAUCUACCUCCCAAGCCACAGCUAAAGGAUCUUCCACCCAAACCCAACCUGGCAGACUUGGUGCCUAAGGCGCCCAUAGCCGAGCCAGUGCCCAAACCUCAAACCCCAGAAGGGAACCAGAAUUCUCAGCCAGCCGAGGUGAUUCAGAACUCGCAGCCGGCUGACCAUACACCUGUCCAGAAACAGGGCUCAGAAGCUUCCAGUGAUGGGCCACCUCCUCUUCCAGAAACACCAGUGCCACUUCCUCGCAAGAUCAAUACAAUUCUGAGGAGACGUAUCUUGGCUGGGAGAAGUCUUCAUGAUGGCCCAGGACAGAUGGAGAAGAAAAGGAAAAGUGAACAACUCCAAUCAGAGAAGAUGUCACUUGGGAAAGCCAAGCUGAAGAGAGUCAAAACAAUAUAUGAUUGCCAAGCGGACAAUGAUGAUGAGUUGACGUUUGUUGAAGGAGAAGUGAUCAUAGUGACCGGUGAAGAGGAUCACGAGUGGUGGAUCGGUCACGUCGAAGGAUAUCCAGAAAGGAAAGGAGUCUUCCCAGUGUCUUUUGUCCACAUCUUGUCAGAAUAAAACCUGGAUGUUAAAGUGUCGCAAAUCAAGCACCCUGCGCGGUGUCCUCGGCUCGUCCCUGUGUCCCCCGCGUCUGUAUAUAAGCUACUGUUACCUUCAUCCAGUACUUCCAUUCUGUGUAUUGUAAAUGUACUAUGUUAUCCUGCCUCCGCCAGUAUUACUAUAGCCAGAGGAGCAGCAGCCACCGCCGCUCCUCUGGGCCCCUCCGGUUAUAAGCACUUUUACCCCCCCUGCGGGCAACUUCAUGUACUGCCAGAGCUGUCUUGUCCAUAUACAUAUAGAUACAAUAUAUAUAUAAUCUAUUAUGCACUUGUUCCCUGAUCACAUGUCAGUCUUCAAUAACACACUGUACUGGGAGGGAAAGGCGAGCAAGUCUGCUCCACCAGUAUUCCCACUAGCAAAGCAAUCACCCUGCGUAUUUAUUACGGAUGUACCGUUUUCAGGAUAGUUUUUGGGGAAAAGAAAAAUAUCUAAGAAAAAAGUCAAGUAUUUCUGUGCUCCGUACCUGUUUGUUUUUGAACUUUUUGCAACACACAUUACUGUUACUUUGCUACAAGUAGUAAAAAGAUGAUAUAUUUCUAUCUAAAGGCUUCUUUUAUUAGAAGUGAUAUACAUAUAUAAAUAUAUAUAAUAUACAUAAAUAUAUAUAUAUUAAAAAAAGAACAAAAAUCCAUCAGACUUCAAUCUAACAACUGCUAAACUAUUAGUCUGUUUACAUUAUGCAUGCGUCUAUCAAAACCACAUACAACAAAAAAAUAAAUAAAAAAAAGAAUAAAAAAUAAAACUCCAGAAUACUUGAAACCUGUGCUCAAUAACAGGGACAAAAGUGUAGUCCUUAUACUUUGUGUAGACCAAGUUGUUCUGUAGCUGUGAGGAUCAAGGGGAAUAUUUUUCCAGUAGAGAGAUCUAUUUGAAAUAAACAGUAUUACGUAAAGUUAAAAAAAAAAAAAAUUUAAAAAAAAGAUCAAAUCUAUGUGGCCGAUGGGCCUCAUGGAAAUAAAUAUGUAUGCCUAUGUAUAAUUUUUUUCAUUUUUUUUAUUUUUUUUUAUUAUUUAAACUGUACCAUAAAUUAUUCAUAGAUGAAAAAGUGGAAUGGACUUAAAUGUAUAUUGUUAGUUACCUAGAAACUUAACAUGGAGGUAUUAAGCCCCGCCCCUGAGGAGUCUCGAUGUGAUAAAAGUGACGUACCACCUCCUCUCACAGGCUGUUGCGGGAUCCUACGGCUCAGGCCAGAUUAUUGUGUUAUGGACUGGAAACUUGUUCAUUAUGGUGAUUGUUUAGAUGGAAAAAAAAUGUACAUACUGCAGGAGUGUUUCCAUUUUAUUGUCUUUUUUUUUUUAUUUUAUUUUUUUUAAUAUACCCAAAAAAAAAGUUGACUAAACUUUAAAAAAAAUUUAAACUUCUGUGCACUUCUUAAAAGAAAAAAAAAAAAAAAAAGAUUUUAUUUUAUGUACUAUUAUUUUGGGUAUUUUAAAGGCACAUAUUUUCUGCAUGUAGAAAUAUUUUAUUUAUAAUUUUUUUUUUAUUUCUGCCCGAAACAUUCAAUGUGACAGUUAAAGAAAAAAAAAUAGUAAUUUGACUGCAGAACCGUCGGAUAUUGGUAACUAAGUCUGUCAGACUUUGCAUGGUGGAAAAAAAACAAAUGGGAAAAAAAAAACUUAUUUUCAAGUAUUUCAGCAAUACUCUAAGAGCUGCAUCACGGACGGAUGUACCUGAAGGAAAUGAGACUUGGUAGGACCUUUUAGCUUCUCUCUCCGUCUGUGGAGUUUACCUUGCAGAGUAUGGUACAGUAUACUGUUUCUAACGCAAAGUCACAAGCUCAUUUUAUUAAUCAUUCCAUAUUUUAAAUUAAUAAAAAUGUUUAAAGUUA